AUGCCAUCGCAGAGGUUGAACGUGGGUGUCGUGGGCGGAGGUUUGGGAGGGUUGGCAGCUGCUAUUGCCAUUGCAAGAAGCGGCGCGGAUGUGACAGUCCUGGAAGCCGCUACCAAGCUCGGCGAGAUUGGCGCCGGUAUACAUAUGUUUCCUAAUGCCUCGCGCUUUCUGCUGCGUUGGGGCGUAACCAAGCUCAUUGGCGACAACCUGGUUGAGCACGAAGAGGCGAACACGUGGAGUGGGGGACCGGGGCUCAACUUGAUCUCCAAGAUUGAUGCGAAGAAGGUCUCAAGGGCCAGUGGUUUCCCAUGGUAUAUUGUCCGCCGGGAUCAUCUUCAUGCUGGACUGGAAGCCUCUGCUCGCCUUCAUGGCGUCAAGAUCAUAACCAAUGCUCGCAUUGCCUCCUUCGACACGGCAAGUCACGCACCGCUCGUUACGGUCACGACAGGUGCCGGAACCUCACACAGUUUUGAUCUAGUAAUUGGGGCUGACGGCAUCAAAUCUGCAAUCCGUGGUCAGAUGUUUCCCGAUGUCGGGCCUGUUCCAUACGCACCAGCUGUGGCAUAUCGACACACCAUGAAGAUCAGCACCAUCUAUCGCGAAGUGCCGGAGGCGAGGCAUAUCAUCCGUAACAACUUCCACAUGUGGUGUGGCCCACACGGAUACCUUGUUACCUAUCCACUCAGUGGAGGCACCGAAAUGAACAUUACCAUCUGCUUCUACACGAAAGACGGCUGGCCGACGACGAUCGUUGAAGAUGCGGACCUCUCCGAGCUCAAUGAACAGCUCAAAGACUACCCUGAAGUUGUACAGAAGAUAUGGGCGCUCGCGCCGGGCUCGAACCGCUGGCCGCUGUUGCAUAUCCGAAAGAUGGAUAGUUGGUCGAACAAGGAGAAAAACGUGGUGCUACUUGGCGACGCUUGCCAUGCGAUGAACCCAGCACUCGCUCAAGGAGCUGCCACCGCCAUCGAGGAUGCCGCAUUCCUCGGACAAGCACUUGCGGAAGUUCAACAGGGGUCCAUUUCAAUAGCUGAGGCGAUCACAAUCUAUGAAGAACGUCGGAUACCCAAAGCCUGGGUCAAGCAGCAGCUUGCCUUCAUAGCUGCAGAUCUGGAGAUGGGCGGGCCGGGACCUUCCUAUGAUAAAGACAUUCCGGAGGAGCAGAUCCGGGCACUGCGAGAUCGCAACUCGAAACCCGAGAUCGAUGCUUCAGCAGUCAGUGUCAAAUCUCAAGCAGAACUUCCGAUGAGGUAUCGAAGUUGGCAUCACGCAUUCUUCGUGGAAAACAACAAACGCAAUUUCUACUACGAUGCUGAAGCCGAUGCCGACGAUGCAGUGUGUCAGCAUUUGCUCAACAAGAGCCAGAUCAUCAACGAUACACGGAAAGCGACCGACUUGCUGGAGAGAAAAUUCUGGGCUCCGCUGUUCGAAAAUGAAUUGGCCCGGGAAGCAGGUGCCAGCGUAAGUGCGGAUUAG